GGAGGAAUCGUUCCUCCUUGUGCGUUUACCACCUCCUCUGCUUCAAAUCUCUCUCCCAUCUCUCUCUUUUCAUCAAAACCAAUUUGUCGUCGGUCAUCCUCAAAACUCGACGCUCUUCCCAUUUGACGAAGACCCAUUUCUUCAAAUUUUCUCUUUUUUCCUUUCUCUUUCAACUCUCUACUCCUUUCCCUCGCUUCAAUUUUCUUGCACACCCAAUUCCUCCCAUGGACUUCUGUUCUCAGAUCCAUGGAAACCCCACCUUCAUUUUUGUAGAUUUUAUAUGCAGAUCCAUGUGCUAGUGUCCCCAAUCGGAGCUCCAACCGACGCCUUUGAGAAAUCGCCGUCCUCGAUCCAGACCGACAGCCGAAAUGAAGGGUUCCAGUCGUUUUUUCACGAUCGGGCUUGUGACUUCGUGGUAUUCCUCCAACAUUGGUGUCCUUUUGUUGAACAAAUAUUUGCUGAGCAACUAUGGGUUCAAGUACCCGAUCUUCUUGACCAUGUGCCACAUGACUGCUUGCUCUCUGCUUAGCUACGUUGCGAUUGCUUGGUUGAAGGUGGUUCCGAUGCAGACGAUUCGAUCUCGGAUUCAAUUUAUGAAGAUUUCGGCGCUUAGCUUUGUGUUCUGUAUUUCUGUUGUCUUCGGCAACAUUUCUCUUAGGUAUUUGCCGGUCUCGUUCAACCAGGCUGUUGGGGCCACCACGCCUUUCUUUACGGCGGUGUUUGCUUACCUUAUGACGCUGAAGAGGGAAGCUUGGCUCACUUACAUUACUCUCGUCCCUGUUGUUACUGGGGUCAUUAUUGCCAGUGGGGGUGAACCGAGUUUCCAUCUGUUUGGAUUUAUAAUAUGUGUUGCAGCUACGGCUGCAAGGGCACUCAAAUCAGUUCUGCAAGGAAUUUUGCUUUCUUCUGAAGGAGAGAAGCUGAAUUCCAUGAAUCUUCUUCUGUACAUGGCUCCUAUAGCCGUUGUCUUUCUGCUGCCUGCAUCACUUUUCAUGGAAGAAAAUGUGGUCGGUAUCACUCUGGCUCUUGCUCGAGAUGAUAAAAAGAUCAUCUGGUAUCUGCUAUUCAACUCUGCACUUGCGUAUUUUGUAAACCUGACCAAUUUUUUGGUUACCAAACACACCAGUGCAUUGACACUUCAGGUGCUCGGCAAUGCCAAGGGUGCUGUCGCUGUGGUGAUUUCAAUUUUAAUCUUCAGAAAUCCAGUCUCAGUCACUGGAAUGCUUGGUUACGCGCUCACAGUUAUUGGGGUUAUCCUCUACAGUGAAUCCAAGAAAAGAAGCAAAUGAGAACAAUUUAACUGAAGCGCAUUUUCCUACUUUCGUUUUUUGCAUGGUGGCUGCAGUCGUCAAAUACUGGAGGCAGCAGGUGUAGACCGGCCUGUUAUAACUGCUCUUAACUAUAUAGCCUUCAAAUUCUUUUUCCCCUCGAAAAGCUUUAUUAGCUUAGGCAUUGGUUUAUAUUUGUAUCAUCCUCACAAGAUCUGUCACAAAAUAGGAAUUUAAUAAGGAAGAAUUAUGGGGUAAAGUUUUACUUCUUUAGAAAGGAUUAAUAGAAUUGUUUAUUACAUAAAGGUCGGCUGUUAUAGACACUCCUUGAUCAUCAAUUAAGGGGGAAAAACAACCUUAUCUUUUAACAUUUUGGUACACUAUUUUGUUAAUUCCGAGUUACUCUGAACUUUGUUGGAGGGUAAUAUUUCUUGUUUGGAAGAAAUAUAGAAACAGAUAAAUUUGUCAUUUGAA